AUACUGACUACGCUCAGGCGCUGCAUGAUUACAUUGGCUUUCUUUCCUGCCCGAGCCAAGACGUGUGUUAACGUUGAAGUGGGGGUAGCUAUAGUUGGAGACACUAAAUUGACCCGUAAGCAGUGCAACAUUGGCUGUAAAGGUCUUGUCCUAGAAACGACAUCUUUGAGUGAAUAGGAAGCUGUAUAUUUUUAACAAAUUCAAAAAUGUCUUGGCAAAGCUACGUGGAUAACCUGAUGGCCGACGGCAGCUGUCAGGAUUCCGCCAUUGUUGGGUAUACGGACGCCAAAUACGUUUGGGCAGCACAUGCCGGUGGUACUUUUAGCAACAUAACGCCUCAAGAAAUUGAUGUCCUCAUUGGAAAGGACAGGACUAGCUUCUUCACCAACGGCAUGGCCUUGGGUUCAAAGAAGUGCUCGGUCAUCAGAGACAGCCUCCAUAGUGAAGGGGACUGGACAAUGGACAUCAGGACAAAGAGUCAAGGAGGAGAGCCAACGUACAACAUUACUGUAGGCAAAGCUGUCAAAGCAUUAGUUUUAGUCAUGGGAAAGGAAGGGGUCCAUGGCGGACAGCUCAACAAGAAAGCAUUUACCAUGGCUGAGCACCUGAGGAAGUCUGGAUAUUGAAGCAGCCUCUACCCAUCAUCUUUCUCACCUCCAUUGUGUUGACAGUACUUUGAGGAUUAGUUAGCAGACACAUUGGUACUCUUCCCCAGUUCCAUUUUUAUGUACACCCUUUGUUUUAUUUUUUGUUAAUUCAUGUUUUUUUUGUCCCUUUUCCUCACCAUUCUUUCUCAGAGCAUUAACACUAUGUACCCUAUUUCUGACACUAAAGUAAGAGCAUGUUCAUCAGAAAUGGUUGAAAUGUAUAUUUACCAAAAGGGAAAUGUGCAAAGAAAUUCAUAAAAAAACACAAUUUAGUGUACCAAAUUUGGACUUGGCUGGUAUAAACAAAUACUUAGUAAUUGGAAAAUGACAGGAGGAAGCAUACCUUAAUUGGCUGCGUCAUUCGAUGGUGCAGACAGUUUGAAGCGAUGACCGUCUGGUGUGGUCUCCUUUCCUCAGCAUGUCAGGGUUUGAAAGUUGCAUGCAUAUCUUUUAGUAGCCUUUCCCAAACCUUUAUAUUCCAUCCAGAAAUGUUAUUUUAAUUCAGUCCUUGCAUUGUCAUUUGAUACAUCAUUAAGGUAAAGAUUUCCUCCAGCAUAGUCCUCUAAACAUACUUUGAAACCCCUCAGCUGAGUCAGCCCACUAUUUAGAUUUUAUUUUCUUUAGGUUGCAUUAUCUUCCAUCAACUGCUUUUGCUGUUGUAACUUGAAUGUGGUCUUACAAGUCAUUGAUGUGGUGUUGGAAUAUUGUUUGAAAGUAAUGGCAGAUAAGAUCAGCAUUGCUGAGUUUAAAAAAUAUAUAUAUAUUCCUCCCAUGAACCUUCAAUACGUCUUAAAGUCCUCAUGGACAUUCCAUCUUUGCAAUAGCUCAGGCACAUAUCUAGGAUAUGCCAGCUCCUGCAAUUUAAUUUCACACUGCUGACAUUGUGCAGUGUAUCGUCCCUACAAACCACGUUUUGGCAAGUUUUUAUUUUCCAUAGGACCAAUUGUCUGUCAGGGUGAUUUUCAGAAUAGCUUCAAACCAUUGUGAAAGAUUGUUGCCCUCAUUUUGUCAGUCAUUAGACACUAUACUUCAGAUGGCUUAAACACUUUCUGCUUCUUUAGAUUACUUAAACUAAUUGAUUUACUGCUAAUUUGUUAACGGGUGAAAUUGCAGUCUCAUUGGACAACUGGUAAUGAGUGUAUUCUUAGUGAAUGACCGUAAACCCAAGCUCUGCUGGGCAAAACUCUUUGAAUGAGUUGCCUUGUGCUGUACUCAUCAAAGAUGUAUCAGCAACUGUCAGCACACUACUUAACAGUAUAUUAAAAACAACAUUGAAAGUGUUUACACUAAAUUGGUGGAAAAUGGUGUUGGUUGGAAUAAGAACACUAGUGAGUUGUCUUGUGAAAACUUUCAAAGAAAACUAUCCUGUGCCAUAAUGUAGAUCUGAUCUGUUGCUACUGUGAGUUAGAUUUUGAACUUCUGCCCCAGCAAGGACUAUGGCUCUUUCCUCCUGUAAAGGCUUUGUGGAAUAUGUCCAGAACUACACAUUUCACACUGAUUUGUGAUUUUUCUUUCCCCUAUGCAUUUGGAUUCAGUCAGUUAUUAAAUUUGCAUUUUGAUAAAUGUUUGGGGGAAAAUGCCAUAAAUUGAUAAAUCACCUUGUUUACAGACAGAUCAAAUAAAAGUUAUUCCAACCAGAACUGUCAA